AAAAAAAAAAAAAACAGACUAACCAAGGACUACAAGGAAUCGGACGCGGCGAGACCAGAGUGGCAGGGCAGCAUGGAGGUGAAGACGUGACUGCUUAUCAUAUUUUCCCUCAUUUACCUCUUUAUUUAGAAUGCCACGCCUUGGCCAUGACUUUGACGAUUGGUGAGGAAGACGAAAGGUGCCAAAAUACAACAACCACUACAACAACAACAACAACGAGAACAACAGCAAGGGCUUUCCAGAUACCAACACCAGACAAGGGCAGAAGAAGUUGACUUCCAGUGGCUGAGCUCAAGUCGUGCACACACACACACACACACACACACACACACACACACACACACACACACACACACACACACACACACACACACACACACACACACACACACAUGCACAAAAUAAGCACAAGCACCCAAUUACGUCAGUCAUGGAACUCCAAGUUGGGCCGGCAAGGAGGACAUUCCUUCCCUGGGUUGUAUAGAUAUUUGAGGACACUAGAAAGAUGGGAAUGGGUUUUGAGUGUGGCAUAGAGGAGUGGAAGAAAAAGAAAUGACUGCUCCUUUGUUCUGAGUAGACUAGACAGGCGUGGGAGUUUGUGUGUUGGCGGAAAGGUUGCUAAUCAGACUGAGGUUGUGAAUUGAGGAAGAGGGGGAGGAGGAGGAGGAGGAGGAGGUAAAAACAUUGCUUGUCAAAUUGAACUGUUUGUGUGAUUGUAAUAGAAAAGGAGAAAAGAAGGUUAGUAUUAAGUAAAGGAGUAGAGAAAGGAAGAAAGAGAAGAGAAAGAAAAUAAAAGUCAAAAGAACAAAUUGAAGCAGAAAAGAAAGGAGGAAGAGAAGAGUAACAGAAAAGGCAGAAAAAAAUUGAAGCUAACAAAAAAGAAGUAAAAAUAGAAGGCAAUAUGCAGAAAAAAAAUGGAAAAGAAAUAAAGUAGAAAAGAAACAGAAAAACAAGAAGAAAAAAAAACUGAUUUAAGAAUUAAACAAAGACAGGAAGUGGAAAUAUCCAGAGAGAAACAGGAAAACAAGAUUAGAAGAGAGAGAAAGAAACAGCACUCAUAAAUUUGAGAAAUACAUGCUUGUUUGUGUGUGUGUGCGUGUAGUAGAAACAGUAGUAGUAGAAACAACCAGUGAAAGAAUAAAAACAAAACAACCCCAUAAAUGACACCAGAAAAAGGAAAAAAACAAAACAAAAUAAAAAAAAGACUUAAAACACUGGAAGACUAACAAAAGACUGUUUGAGGCGUGUGAAGUGAUGGUCAGGUCGCCUCAUUAGGACUCUGGUGACUAUGGUGCGUGGUGCAUAGACAGGUGUGGUGUUGGGCAGGUGAGAGGUGUAGAGGGCUGUGUGAUGGGGAACAAGAAGAAAGGCAAAGGUGACGCUGGUACCGAGAGUAUUGAAGAGGAGGAAGCUGCAACAGGGAAGUGACAGAUUGUGCAUGUGUGCGUAGAUAAGAGUAACGGCUGCUCAGACACACACACACACACACACACACACACACACACACACACACACACACACACACACACACACACACACACACACACACACACACACACACACACACAUUAAAAAUAAAGAUAAAAAGCAACUUAAUUCCUUCCUAACCCACCAAAAAAACACUCAGACAAGGAAUUAAAGAACAUAACAAACUUCAUACCCUCCCUCCAUUACAUUAUUUUCCCCACCACACUUCCACACAAACAAACAAACCGAACCUAACCAGCCAAGCCAAACGCACAGAAGGGAGCAGGCAAGAUGGCCACAUACUGCCUUGAGGACCCUGUUUCCCCUGACCUGUCCUGCCCAAUCUGCUUUGAGGACUAUGACAUUCUCUCCAGACAGCGUGCCCCCAAGCUGCUCCUCUGCCUGCACACCUUCUGCUUUGGGUGUGCCCAGCGGCUGUGGCGGGCAGAUGGCACCCUGGAGUGUUCCCUGUGCCGAGCCGUGCAUUCGGAGGUGGCUCUGGCAGACCUGUUUGACAAUCCAGUCAUCCUGCAGCAUCUCAGGAAGAAACGUGAGGAGCAGGAUCUGGAGUUGGCACGCAGGCUGGACAUGGAGAUGAGGAGGAGUGCUAGAACGCCAGAGCCUCCACCAGAUGUCAUUGAUCUCACCAGCCCCAGGACAGAGGUGGAAGAGGAAGAUGAGGAGGAGGAAGAGGAAGAGAGGGGGUAUCAGGUAGCAGUAGCAGCCGCCGCUGCAGCAGCAGGGGCAGCAGCGCUGGCAGCAGCAGCAGCUGUAGCGUCGUCAUUGUCAGGAGCGGCAGCAACAGCAACAGCAGCAGCAGGAGUGGCAGCAUCAGUAGCGGCUGUUGCUGAGCGCAAGCAGAGGAACAUCAUGAAUGCCCUAGAGGUGAUGGCCAACAGAGUGGCGACCCCAGUGGCCCUGAGCCCCUCCCUGGAGGCACCGGCCAGGGUCCAGGAGGAGGACCGGGAUGAGCCACCCAUCUUCUUCAACUUUGAUUUGGGUGAUGAGGAUGAGCACAACAACAUGUCAGAUUCCGAGGGAGGACUGGAGGAAGAUGACGAGGAAGAGGAGGAGGAAGAGGAGGACAGCGAUGAUAGUGUACCUCUGCAGGAACUGUACAACCGGUGUCCAGUGGAAGGCGAGGGGGAGGAUGUGGUGGAGGAGGAGGAAGAGGAGGAGGAGCAGGAGGAGGAGGAGGAGGAGGAGAUGCCCUGGAUGCCGCAGUGCCUUGGUGGGGAUGGGCCCAGCGAUGACGGGGAGGACCUGCAUCUGGGCCAUGACUUGGAGAGCCCUGAGGAGGAUGAAGGAGAGGAGGAUGAGGUGGAGGGGCUAGAAGACAAUGAUCCUGAAGAGGAGGAGGAGGAGGAAGAAGAGGAAGAGGAGGAGGACAGGUGGCACUCGGCUAGUGACGACAUCACCUCUCCCCCAUGGCUGGACGAUGACUACAGCAUGGACGACGACACACCAGACAGUCCGGACUUUCUGGACUGGUUUGUUACCUUCUAGUGGCUCCUUCAUGCACACCUCUGGUCAUGUCUCCUCUUCUCUUCACUUCUGCUCUCUCCUCCAUUAAAAGAGCUUGAGAGGAGAGGAGAGAACAGAAAAAAAGAUAUACUGUUCUCUCCUCUCCUGCUUUCUGUCCUCCUCUUCUCUCUGUCCUCCUCUUCUGCUCCUUGUCUUCACAUCACCAUAACCUCUCUGAUAUAUAAAACAUUCCCCACUCAAAAAUAAACAUAUAUGAAACAUUGAUAUUCACAAAAAUUGCACAAACACUAAUUGAAUCUCUCUCUACCACCCAUCCAGGCAGUAACAGCAACAACAGCAUACACACAUAAGUAGCUUCUAAGACUCACACAAAUGCCACCCUCAUGAAGACAAGAUACCAGUUACAGGAGUGGGUGUGUGUGUCCUUAAUUAACUCCUUGGUUGGUGUUAGGGGUGAAGGUGAGGGAAGGUUUGGGAAGGAGAGGGAUGCAUGGUGAUUGGAGAUGUGGAAGUGGUGAGGGGGUUAGAAUGCAAGAAAACACUCAUAUUUACUAUAAUGAAUGUGUGUGUGUGUGUGAGAGUAAAUGAGAAAUGCAAGAUAUAUUGGGGGAAAAUGCAAGAAAACACUUAUAAAAAUUUACCAGAAUGAAAGUGAGUGUGUGAAUAGAUGAAAAAUGCAAGAGAUAUGGGGAGAAAAUACAAGAAAACCAUUAAUAUUUUCUAAAAUUAAUGUGUGUGUGUGUGUGUGUGUAGAUGAAAAUACAGGAGGUAUGGGGGAAAAUGCAAGAAAACAUUCAUGUGUGUGUGUGAGUAGAUGAGAAAUACAAAGAGAUAUGGAAGAGAAAAAUGCAAGAAAACCUCUCAAAUUUACCAGAAAGAAUGUGAUUGUGAGUAGAUGAGAAAUGCUGUAUAGAGUGCAGUGUGUGAAAGGAAUGCCAAGUUAAUGUUUUGGUUUAUGAGUGCACUGGAACACACAAAUGGAGAGUGCUGUGUGUCUUUACUCAGUGACGAGGAGGUACAGCUGUCCAUUAGUUCAUAAGAUAAAGAAAAACAGAAGUGUCUACAGAAAGGAAAAAAAAUUGUAUUGUGUUCAUGUAAGGUGAGAAGCAGAGGAUUUGAAGUGUUCUUUACAUUUUUCUACAAGACCAAGGGGGUUAAUCAUCAUCAGAAAAAUGUGGUUCACUGUCAAAUACAUCACCAUUAGUAAAUAGACAGAGUGCAUCUGUGAUGGAAACUACUGCCAGAGUAAUGUGAUCAUGUGUGUAGGAAGGCUGCUAAUGGUCUAUCAUUGAACAGUAUUAAUGAAGAAUGUAGUCCAUUUGUGUAUAAGACAAUAGUAUAAUAGUGCAACAACUGGGAAUACUUUGCCCUUCUGUGCCAUGGUGGGGCAUCCUGAGAAACCUGGGCCAUUAGUGUGCAAGUUGAAUAUUUUGCAUGUAGCUUGGCAAGGAAAUGAAUGUAUUGAAUAUUUUGUGUGUAGCUCGGCAAGGAAAUGAACAUGAGGCCGAGACAGUUUGGUGUGUAAGACUGACAAAUCAAAGACAAAUUGCUUCAUUUGAGCACAACGGUGGGUUGAAAUGUCAGCCUACCUCUGCACAUCGACACAAAGGAGGGUGGUUAAGGCAUGCAAGGCUACUAACUAAAUUCUGUGGCUCGUAAAAGGAAGCACAAAGUUGCAGUGUAAAAAAAAAAAAAAAAGUUUGAUUCUAAGUGAAGAUGUAUUUUGUGGAACCAGUACAAAAGGAAAAACUAUAUAUCAGUUUACUUAUUUGUGCAAGAGUGAGUGAAUGAGCGAGUGAUUGUUCAAAUCGGCACAAAGCAACGAAGGAAAAUGCAACGGAAGGAUCCUGGAGUGCCAAGGAACACCAUGACUCACUGAACCAGUGAGCACAUGAUGAAGGGUUCAGACUAAAUAAGAUGGUGGAAUAAAAGAAACUGAUUAAUAACUGCACACGCAAACUUCAGAUCCAACAGUCUCACUCGGCUCACAGUAAAGGUGGACCACUUGUGUUGUGAAAAAUCUAAAAUAAAAAAAAAAAAAUGUGCAAAUCUCCGUCUGCUGUCACAUUCUCCAGGCCUCAGCCACAUGUGCUCCCACAAGCCACUUCAUGUUUUCCUUCACCCUGCACAGUGCUGGGAGGAGAACCAAGCUCAGUGAUUCAGAUUUGUCCUGUAUUACUCUCUGGCUGUGAAUGUAGUUUAGAAAUAGCUAGGUGGGGAGGAAGAGACAGGCACAGAGAGAGAGAGAGAGAGAGAGAGAGAGAGAGAGAGAGAGAGAGAGAGAGUUGUACAGCUAAUGACAGACCUGCUCUUUUUCUCCACACCACAAAGACUGAUCACAAGCACAGAAGUUGUUAUUGCUGACUUUCUCAAAUUAAAGUGACCAGUAAUAUAAAUGGUGAGCUUAUGACCUGCCAGCCAGUUUGUGGUGUGUGGAAAUUCAUGUUUGUGUCCCAAUAGAGUUACCUGUGCAAGGAAUGUCCAGGGAUUGGAUAGGGAUAGGUGAGUGUCAAGGCAUAUGGGAUAGUGAUAGAUGAGUGUAGCUUAUCAGGAUGUGGGAGGUCAUAUUUGUGUACAGUAAUGUAAUAUACAUCACUUUGCUGUGCCAGUGUGGGCAUUGUUACUCGAACUCUUAAAAAAUAUGGGUAUGUUGAUAAGAAUACUUAGUGAUACUCAUAAAAUGACAAAAUAGAGUCUGUUUAACAUAAAAAAAUGACACAAAUUCAAAAACAUAAAAAUUAGAAUAAGGCUGCACCUGAACUGAGAGCAAGAAAGCAGAUGAGAGAGAGAGAAGUUGAGUGAAUUUGAGUGGCCAUAUUAGAAGUGAUUUCAGGUGGAUAUUGCCAUGGCAAUGGGCUUCCAACUCCACACCUAGCCAGCUGGCCCUCACCCACAUCAGCUUAUUUACUGAACAUUGAGUUAAAGGUCAUGAUUGACAAGUUCAUCACCAAAGCUCUGUAUUGUAUACAUGGCACUCAUGAAGCUAGAAGGCAAAGGUGUCAAGUCAGUAAAUGAUGAGAAAGAAAACUGAUAUAAUAUGGCAGAACAUAAUGAUGCAUUGUAAAAUUAUUUGAGAGGUACAGUAGAGGUAUAGCAUUGUUGUAAAGGAGGCAAGGACCUAAUAGUCUGGCAAGGCACCAUCACCACUGUGAUGAAUGAAAGCCACUGUUGGCGUGCACAAGAAGUGAGAUGAAAAUGUUGUUACAAAGUCAUAGUUCAUUUGUGGAUUUUUUUUUUUUUUUCUGCUUUUACCAUCAUGCUUGGGAAACUUACAAGAUGAGAGUUUAUUUUAACAUUCAUACUGUAGCUGCUGAAUAUGGCAGCCAUAAGUAAAAUGUGUUAUAAAUAUUUCAAAGCUUUAUAAAUUUUUCAAAUUUUUUUUUUUCAACUUGUCAGAAUUUCUUUAUUUUUGUUUCUGCCAAACUUCUAUGAUUACAGUGGUACCUCAGUGUACGUUCUUAAUCCAUUCCAGAUCCUUGGCCUUAUACUAAACAGGACGUAUACCAGACAAAUUUUCACAUAAGAAAUAAAGGGAAAAUGAUUAAUCCAUUACCAUGAAAAAAAAAAAAAAAUCCUAUUGUUAUUGGCAUAUUAUACAGUACAUUGAUGGGAUUGCAUGAAAUAAUUUAAACACUGCUUGAUACUGAAAUACAUACCAUAUUUGAUGGCAUGUAAGACACAUGGGCAUAUAAGAUGAACCCCAUUUCAGCAGGGCAUAUUCAAGAAUUUUUUUUAUGUAUUUAAGCAUGCAACUUUUAAAACAAGAUAGCAGUACAGCUAAACAAAAAGCAAGCAAUCAUAAUAGUAAAAAUAUCUUACAGGAUUGCAGUAAUAAAACCGAGGUAGUGGCCAAGUCACGGAGGCGAGGCGAAAAAUGCAGCCCAGCUGCCAAGAUGUCAACAACACACUUGGUGCAUCACUGAACAGGGCCGUGUUUUCAUUUUCAACAUUUCUUUACAUCAUAUUAUGGUUGAAAAAUAUGAUAUAGAUCUACACCACCCUUCAUGGUGGUGUAAAUCUUCAGAUGUACGGGUAAAGGAAAUUUUGAAAUUAGAUCUACAGGAGGCCUCACAUUUGUGUAUAAGAUGUGGGGUGAAUUUUUGAGCCAUUUUCAUGGAAAAAGGUGCAUCUUAUAUGCCAUCAAAUGCGGUAAAUACAAAAGCAAUUAGACAAAAUAAAUAAAAAUUUAACCUCGCUUUACCUUGCUGAGAAGAGUUAAGUGCCUGCUAGGAUGGUGCUGAGAGGGGGAAAGAUGUUUUUGUUUGGAAGGAGAUUCCUGCCAACCUGGUAACACUGCUCGUGGGCAGUCAUGACUUUGUCUUGAGAGAGGUAUACAAGGGUAGCGUGCAGUGUUGUGACUCAUUUUGACCCAUACAAGUUCUAGCAUAUGAGUCGUAUUCCAAAGAAAGCUCAUAUGCCAAGCAAAUUUUUUCGCGUCCAAGCAAGUAUGCCAAGUUGGACUUGGAAAUUCCAGAGCAGACUUGUAUAUCAGAGUUAUGCAGCUACUAUAAAGUCUAAUGGUAUAAACCAAAAUGCCCUAUCUAGUUUCUGAGGUGAGAUACAGCAGGUAACAGAAAUAUCUGUGAUGUCACUUAUUCCGAUCUGAUGAACUUGUGUGAGAAAAGUAAAUUGACUCGUCUCGCUUUCUGGCCUUUUGAUCCGCAGGAAUGCUGUGAUGCCGUCCUCUAGCCGCUGCCAGUGCAGCCACCUGCACUGUUGUACUGUAUAAAGUUUCUCGCCCUCACCCACUUUUUCGCUGCCAGUGCAGACGCAGCCUAAGUGGCUUUGAAUCAAGAUGAGUGAAAUUUUAGAUUUUAAAAGAAUGGCAUCCAUUUGACAAUUGAAGAAAUGAGUGGGUGAAAUUUAUAUUAGAUUAAAUAUUGUAAUCUUUGCCAUUACAACAGAAAUGAGAAUGAAGUUCUUUGUAGAGUGAAAAUUUCAGACAUUAUUGCCACAACCCAAACAGUGAUGUAUGGGUUGACUUGGUGUGUUGGAAGGGAGAUGAAGGCAGCAGCAGGUAAUGAGAUGAGUGUGAGGGUUAGUGCUAAGGAGUAGUGGUAGAUGGAUCAAAUACUACAAUGGUGUGUUUAUGUAAGCUUUUCUCUUAAGUUUUUGUAUUCACUAAGUCUGGUAUUCCUACAAGAGUGAAUAAAGACAGGUUAUCUGUACAAAGCCUCACAGUGAACCAGACAGCCAGUGAUAAUCAGUAAGCAAAACAUGAGUUGUGGAUAUUCAAUCAAUGAGUGACAGAAAUCUUGUGUUGUGAACAUUUUAUCCUCUCUCAGUUUUAACCAAAAUCUUGUGGAUAACAAAAAGCACUUUAAGCUGAAUGCAAAUCAGUAACAAAAUGUGUUGUGAAAAUUUUACUCUAUCAGAUUUAGCCAAGAUUGUGAACUAUUUUAUCCUGCACCAGUUUUCAACCAAGAUUGUGAACAAACUUG